AUGGCUUCUCACUCGGAAAACGACGUCGUGCCCGAAAUGAUCGACCAUCGACAUAUGCAGAUGUGGAGGUUUGUGUUUUUGGAACGAAAAGGAGAACGGUUUAAACGAUGACACCAUUGUGAAUCAGAAGGGCGGAAUGGAAUGCGGAGAAGCGAUAAGAAGUGAGAGAGUGACACGUGGAAAUUACAUCAGAAUCAUUGAGCUCAUGGCUCAAUGGUAAUGUAAUUGAGCUCAGAGCCACCUAGUUAUCAGGCUCUAAUUUCAAUUCCCAACAUCACGGUAAUGUCUUUUCCUCUUCUGAUCCCUCCUCAAUCCCGCUCCGUCUCCAGUUCUCUUCCUAAUGCCAACAGUUGGCUUGGUGCCAACUCUUGCAUGUUUUGCAACAAAAGAAGCAGGUGACACUAAAAAUAAGAAGAAUGAGAUAAAGAGCGAGACGUUUGAAAUGAUUACAGAUGGCUGCACAGUCGGAAUGGAGUCCGCACGAACACUUCGGAGACGUCGUUCGAGUCUUCCAUUUCCGUCUCGACCAGCAGCUUCGACUUUAGGUACGUCAUUUUCUUCUUCUUCUUUUCCUUCUUCUUCUUUUCCUUCUUCUUCUUCUUCUUCUUCUCCUUCAUCCAUUUCUUAUUCGCUUCGCUUCCGACCAGUCCUCGUCUCUGCGCCCUCCACGUCUUCCGUUCUCUUCGAUAAAUUGGCCUACAUUGGGAAUGUAAGCGAUUCGUUCGUCGGCCGGCGCCUUCUUGUAUUCUCCCAAGAUUCGACUGUUUUCUGCACUCUAUUCUCUUCCGAUGGGUCCGCUGGCGUUCGUGCUCAUGUGCCAGUACUCGGGAAAUCUGCUCGUCCAAUUCGUUUACUACAUCCUCUCCGAAUACGUCCUCGAACAUUUCGAACGUCCACUUCCGGAGCAGGAGCUUUUCCUUGAUUGACAGCUGAGGACACCUGGUCGCGACGAAAAUAAACGAUGUUUGAUGUUGUGUUGAUGGAAUUACACACUGAAAUUCGCGAGCGAUAACGGAUCUCCCGAAUAGUUUAUCACAUUCGAAAAGAGCGGAGAAAGUGGGCGAUUUGUCACCUGAACAAGCUGGAAUUCCACACUUUUGCAUUGUUUUUCUUGAAAAGAAUUAGAUAAAGAAUAGCACUGAAUUGAAAGAAUUGAACAAAACAUGAAAUGGUUCACAUUCUUCACAGACCUCUGGAAUGGAAGGAAUGGUUGCAAAGUACGAAGCAUUCUCUCUCUUUUUUCCAGAAUACAAACGUGUUUGUCGUUGUUUCACUGCACUCCGCUCUCAAAAAGUUCUUGUGUGUGUGUGUUCCAAAUGAACAAACGUACUGCUUCGUACUAUUUGAGUUGCUCCGAGAGACUUAUGCUCCAUCUCUCGCUCCUCUCGGUUCCAAACCCGAUCCAUUUCUUUCUCCGUCUGUGUCUCUGUUCCUCGAGACAACGUGCAAAUAAUAACGCAGCGAUCACGGAGAGCGUCAAGAAUGUGAGGAAUUCGAAAAUCGGCCCAGGGUGUCGUGGCUGAGGCCCAGCCGCUCCCGCCCGGCCGCCUGCGUCCACCUGAUCAUUCGGAUGAAAUGUUCCUGUGCAACGCGACGACCGUGGCGCCGUUCGACGUCUCCUGGAAGUGUCCAAGUUGGGAGGCGGCGACUCCGUCGAGAUGGUAAGUGCCGAGAUCCACCGUCCGUCUGUUUGUCCAUGUUUUGUCGGCUGCGUCUUGCAAUCUCGUUCCCGCGCAGGCGCAACAUACACACGAGAAAUCAGUGCGAAUUCGCAGACCCAGACGAUACGGGCAGUCUGUAGCAAACGGGAAGACGAAGAAGACGAAGUAGAAGAAGACCGUCAUUUUUCGAAUUUUCCGAAUUUCUACUGUCGCGCCUUCUUCGUUUCUAGUUUCAGAUCGAUUUAUCUCUUUCUCUCCGCCUCACGAGCGGAUGCGACUAAUUGGUCAAGUUGCCCGUCUCCGUCCGGCCGAAGACGUCGUCGUCGUCGUUCGUCUUUUUCGCGACGACGGCAGCGACGACGAGACGUUAAUGUUGUUUUGGUGUGCCGUAGUUGGCCCUCUUAUCAUAUCACUUUGAUGGCAAACUGUUUAGCACUCGCUUCUUUCGGUUUUGUCCCCCCACUCCACCUCCCUCUUCUGCCAAGACGACCUCGGUGUAAAGUGAUCGUCUGGAAGAGGGUGAAUGCCAACCUGAUCCUCCUCACACGGCCUAUAAAUUCGCCCCCAGAAAGUCUGCGAACAUCACGUGCGUCUCUCUUAUCAUUAUUCGUCGUGAAGAAUCGCAGAUUUGUCCUUCGCUUUCGUGUACGUUUCAUCAAAUUUUCUUAUCCGCUGUGACAACCAAAUCUGGCUGGAUGUUCGAUUGUAAACAUUUCGGCGCUUAUGUUUCCCCAUUGCCGCCUGCCAUUCUUUUUUUCCGAAAUAGAAGCUAUUCACUGCGAAUUUCUGUCUCCAAAGUAUAGUUGAUAACGGAAGAAUUCGCUCAUCUCCCACUGGCAGCUCGUCUCACAAAGACCGGUUGAUUCAAAAGAAUUCUCCAAGAGAUGACAACGUCUUCGUUUUCUUGAAAAGUCGUUAUGAGGUGAUUGAUGAUAAUUACCCAGAUUUCAUGAAACCCCCAAUCAAUGUUGUGAUAGUGACAUCUCAUCGGUUACUGUAGUCCUAUUUUGCCGUAUCAAUCGAAUUCCAACUACCGUAUUCCUGCCAGAAACACCUCUGACAUCGUACGAAAAGCUCCAUAAAAUCUAACGGCGUUCGUGGGCUUUCGCGAGUCUAACCUAUAAUUAGGAUUGCGUGACGCGUCAGCCACUUUCUGUCCAUCCGCCCUUUCCUUCGUUCAUUCUCCAGUUUUCAGCGCCGACAUGUCCCGUUCCAUCGACUCGUCCAGCUCGCGAAUGCUCCCUUCUCCGAUCACCAACUUCGUCACUCCGUCCUCUUCGUUCUCCAGCCACCAAAUCCAUGGUAACCCGUCCCUUUCCCCAACUUCGAACUAUUCAUGCCUUUCAGACAUUUACUCCUUGGCUGCUAGUUACCUCCAGGCCCCUCCACCUCCGUACACUCCGACGACAGCCUUCCAUCCGCACAAUGCUUCCCAGCUCCUUCUACUUCACAACAUGGCCGCUGCCGCUCAGGUGAGCCCUUUCGUUAUGUCGCUCAUACCUCAUCUCAAUGUUUCAGACGCCCGAUGAUGCUGACGUCGACGUCGUCGGUUUGGCUGACACAACCAAUCUGGUGUCAUUGAAUGACAAGGAGGAGGAGGAGAAACUUAAUCAGACCGUUUCGGAAGAAUCCGAUCGGAUAAGCAUAUCCACUACAGAGGAUAACGUGAGUUUGACCGAUCCACGGAGAUUUCCAUUCGAUUCCAUUUUCAGCCACUCGAUCUGAGCUGCAAGCCAACUUCUUUGGACUCUCCAACUUCCUCUUUCGCCGCUUUACGGCCAUCGGUCAUCAUCGACCAUCACGCACAAAGUCAGUUCCCACUCGGAGUCUCCCUCCAAUGUAUUCCAUUUCAGAAUCUCACACAUCAGUCCGACGCUCCAUGUCAUCUGUAUCCUCUUCGGCGUCCUCAACGCAAGAAGAAGUGGCCGCCCAUUUCCGCAGAUCACUCUCUGGUAAAUGGCCGAAAAGAUGCAAAGUGAAUGCAGACGAGGUGAGAAAUAAACGGAAUGCGUUGGUGAACCGAGACGUGCUGCAGGCCCGGAACUCUCCGCUCCGCCGUCGUCCCUCAUUCAACACCCACACAUCCGUGUCUUCCCUUUCGGCCCAUUCCGUCUCUCCUACUCCGCUGAACGUGCCGUCUCAGACGAUUAUUGUGAACAAUCACUGUUCAGGUGAGUCUCCUUUUCCUCCUCUUCCCGCUCAUUUCUGCUUUUCUUCCAGACACUUCCCUCUCGGUCGCUGAUCAUUUCCGUCGUGCGCUCUUCGGAAAAGGAAUCUUCGAUUGGCAAAAGAAGUCCAACCAGUGA